UGCCUAUUGAUUGAGAGAGAUAUUGACUGUGUAUCCUGGUAAUUAAUUGCCAACAUGAGUCGUUCACACAACAGAAAUAACAACCAAAUAUUCUGUUGAUAGCAACCAAAUCGUUUAAUUUGAAUACACUUCAUUGAAGACCCAAGCUUUAAACGAGAGAUCCCUAUUGACACCUCGACACCUUGAAAAUUAAGUCUUAUUUAAUUCAAAUGAAAAUCUGUAGUCGAAAUUGUAUUCCUUUCUUUUCAAGUUUUUUUUAGAUUUUUCACACCCUUUGGGGUGUUGAUCAGUUCUUUACGCUGAGAUGUGGCGUCUAACAGGAAAGUAGCCUAGUUCGCACUCAAUGCGGCUGCCAGAUAGUCUGAUGACGACAAGAAAAGAUUCAAAUGCUUCUUAGAAGUUUUGUUGUCACGCGAGCUGUGAGUCAAUCUCCAAUUUCUAGCAAAGUAAAAUACUCCUUUUUUCAAGUUCAUCAGAGAAAAAAGAUCGCCUCACAAGACAAAGCUACAAGUGUUAGACAGGAAAUUGCUCGAGAUAUUUUGCUUUCCUGCCUGAGAAGUUAGAGAUAAUUCGUGGAAAAAUUCAUCAAGUUUUUCCAACUGUUGGUGGUAACAAUCAAGAUUAACAUCUCCACGAUUGAACUUCAUCUUCAAGAAACUAGUUUUAACUGACUUCUUCAUUGAAUAACCGCUUGAUAGAAAAUAUUUUGGAAGCGUGUAAUUUUUCAGCAAGGUUUCCUCAUGAUGAAGGAAAGAAACGACAGUAAACUCGAGGUUUUUAAUCCUUUUUUGGGUUUACAACCAAUGCUGUCUCAUAGAAGCAGAACUCUGCCUCCGAUAAAGAGAUCUUCAAGAGAUUUCCGUACCUCUAAACUUUAUCCCUCAAGAAUACCUGUCAGAAUUCCUUUUCCUAAGCUGGAAAAACAGCAGAGAAAAAUGGCAUUUCUGGAUGGCGAAGUAAAUUCUGGACUUGGUGAUGCUUUUUCUAAAUGUUCUUCCAACUUUCAGCAAAGGAAUCGGUUGUGUGCAAAAACAAGUCAAUUUGAAGAUGAAUGGACUGGAAAGAAGCCAGAGAAAGAAGUCAAGAAAAACGAUUUCUUGGGCAAAAAUUCUGAGACGAUGCGAAUUGAAACGCCACGUUUUCCAUCAUAUGGUAUUUUUCACCGUCUUGAAAAAAAUGAAGGAAAAAUGGCACAAGAAAAAGUAGCAAGCGAAAGUGACCUUGCACUGAUAAAAAGUUCUUCUUGGGCAAAUAGCAUUGAUGAUAGGAAAACACAUAUGUACGAUACGAAAAGAACAGACAGUUCUUUUAAAAAACAACUGAGUAUUGAAAACCAAUGCAGCGAAGAGAAAAGACAAAACCUUACGAAAAGGCAAACGAGAAGUAUAGGGAAACAUUUACAGCCAUUGCAAGAGAAGUUAAUAGAAUAUCCUGAUGUAAAAGUCAGAGGAAGAAGAGGAAACAUCAAAAUAGAAUCUCCUCCAACUGUCGUUGUGGAUUUUCAUGAAGGAAACAGUAAAUUUGAAAUAGAAAAUCAAAAGUUCUUGGAAGAUAAAAGAAGAGUUACAACUGAAAGAAAAGCUGUUUCUAGCAGGAAUAGGACUCUUGAUAGACUGGAGGAGAAGCGUCCUUGUCCAGUAAAGAGAACGACACAAUCAGUUGCAGAAAAAAACACAGGCAUACCUUGCAAACCGAGACUACACAAAAUCCAUCCUACACUUAACACCCACAAAACAUAAUCAAAAUAGACGAAUAUAGUCUGGUAAGAUAGCGGCUAAAAGUCACCAAUUCGAAUCUCUAUUUAUAUUCAUAUUCAUUCGGAAAACUUGAAAAGUUGGCUGUCUUCCAAAAUACUAAAUCUUUAUAAUAGCCAACUCGAUAUUACUGGGUUGAAAUUCCAUCCAAAGAAAAAGAAAUUCUAUAUUUAUAGGCAAGAGAUAUAUUGGCUACUAUCAUUCAUGAUGACAUAUUUGUUUUGACUUAGCAAGAAUCUUUUUACGAUUUAUCGCUAUUACUUAAUUCAGUAUUCAGAUGACAAUCUUUUAAAAAUAGACGUAUGUUAUGAGUCAAUAUAAAGCUCGUUUACUUUAUCUAUGAACACUAAUGAGAUGGCUAGUAAAAAACUGACAUUGAAACCCCUUUUUUUCGCGCGCUGAACGGUUCUUAACAAAAUUUAUAGAAUUUAUCAAACGUGAAGCAGCAUUCAAGUGCAAUUUUCAAAAUGUAAAUUCUAUUCUAAAUUCCAAUUGGAAUCCAGUGGAAGAAGAGCCACUCUGUGGAAUCCACUGUUAAUCCCAUUAUUAUUUUAAUAUUAUUAUCAUGUUCAAGAGAAUUUCCUUCUCAUAUUAUUCCUUUGUUGUAUUCAAAACACCAACACAAUCCCAACUAGUAAUCGCUAGCAUUCGAAUUUUCAGCAAACUCUUGCCAAUUUGUUAAAGGUGUGGCACUAUCUGUAGUUUUUUUUACAGCAAACGAAACGCGGGAAAAAUUGCCGCGUUUAUCGCCGCGUUCAACACUUGAAUUGUUUUCUUUUACCUGAGUUACUGACCUCUUAACUCUACUUUUACUAAAAGACUUCUGAUCCAAUAAUAAAUAUCGUAUUAAAUUCGUAUUCAUUUAAAGUUUUUCUCUUUUACAAAAAAUACUUUAAAAUUAACACAAUGCAGGAACAUUGAUUUGUUUAGAAUUACUUUCGUGUGUCGAAGUUUAUUACCAUAACUGUUGUGUGUAUUGUCUUGUAUUAUUAAAAUAGCGACUAGCUUAACAAUUGUAAUGAAUUCCCAAAGGAACCAUGAAGGAUGACAGCGUUGUGUUUAACUCGUCAAGAGAUAAUAGUGGUAAAAAAAUAGCGUGAAGAGUGAUUACUCUAUUUUCAUGUAAAAAAUCACCUUACAAGUGAAAACAGAGAUUGGGGACUGAUUUACAGCGAUUUGGAGGAGGUAAAGUUUUUAUUUGAAGGCAUUUUUUGAAGGGAUUUCAGCCAGAAGCCGAAGAAUGCAUCAGUCUGUUUACGAUAAAGCUUUAGCUAUCUUUCACGAAGGUACAAGGAAUCUCGAAUUAAGGACUAAAGCCAUCGAUCGAGAACGGACACAGUCAAGUAUAGAAUACAAGCUGGAAGAAAGGAAAGUAAAACAAGAUUUACUGACGAUGAUAAAAGACAAAAAUCGUUUUGAUAACGAACCGAGAGGGCUUAAUGCUUUUGACAAGGGAUUGUUGAGACGUGAAAACACUUUCAGCGGUAUGGACGCUUUCAAGAGACGUAAACAGUUCCGACUCCAAAAGAGCUUAAGUAGCCUACCCCAGCUCACAUGUACCACAGCAAAUGUCCCUAAAAUCAUGAGAAGAAACUUGUCAAAUGAGUCUGAAUUUCACAACUGGCUCACUGGGCUACCAAAAAUAGGAAAACCGUCAUUUUCUUUAUCGUCAAGACCCGUCACUAAGGAAACAACGAAACCUCUACCCGAGGGAAUUAUACAAAGGAGUGACAGUAAAGAAGAAGAAGAAAGACGAAUCUCUAAAGUAUCAAAUAUAGUUUAUAACGUUCCUCUGUUUUCUAGAGAAGAACGAAAAGUAAAAAGAGAGAACAGUUUUCAAGCUAUUGAUAGGAAAGAUAACAGUAUUGCGAAACAAGAAACUCGUCUGCCAUCCAUCAAGUCACGUGAGGGACGCGGGAAUUUCAGCACCAAUAAUGCACAGGGAGAUGAUAAAAAAAGACCUAAGACUCAAUACAGCUUACGAAAACAAAAAAUAUAAACAUCGUACAUCUUCUUACUUUGAUUAUUAUCUAGAAACAGAUGCCCUCGGGUCUAGAGAAUCUCUCGCUACAGGGCUUCUCUCGAAAAUCAACGACCGAGAGGCACUGGAGCGAGAGAGCAGCUUCUGGAACCCAGCGGGAUAAUAAUAUAUAUCGUUAAAUAGUUUAUAGGAUAUCUUUAUUGUUUUUGUUAUAGUAGUGUAUUAUUUUUCUCCAAAGAAGCUAAUUGUUGCGGUUUCGAGGUCUAUUUGAAAAUUGAUGGUUUUCAUGACCGCCAUGUUGAAGGAGUUUAACAAAAGAUUUGUCAUUAGUCUCUUUUGUUAUAUCAUCCAACAUGGCCGCCAUGUCUUACGUUAUUUCAUUCUCAUGGGGAUGAUUACUAAUUAAGGAAGUUUAGACUACGAACGGCCAUGACAGAUCACAAAUCUCUGGUAUCAGCUAUACGCUGUGAAUGGGCCGCUUACAAGUCGUAAAUGCUAAACCGCCAGAUCCAGUCCCAUUUCCUUACCGUUUCCCAAUGAAUGAGAAAGAAACUGGAACCGAAGAAAGAGCUAAUUAUUGAAGCAAGACUAAAGUUAUCGAUCAAUUAGCACUAUUUUUGAUGUGGUUUGUUACCUUGUAGUAACGAGCUUAAGGUAUUAACUUAACGACAAUGGAAGCGGAAAUCAAUUAGCAAAAAUAAAGAAAGGGGCUUUUACUA